UGAGACUUUGGGUCAGGAGUGAGCCAUCCGCUCAUAGACAAGCUUUGGAGUGACGUCACUGUGUGUCCGGAGCAAACAUGGCGCACAUUCGGAGUUUGAAGGGCAUGGUCGGCCUGGUGACCGGCGGGGCGUCCGGUUUGGGUCGGGCCACGGUGGAGCGCCUGUUGCAGAAGGGAGCGUCUGCUGUCAUCGUGGACCUGCCGUCCUCCAAUGGACAGGAAGUGGCUGGCAGUCUGGGAAGCUGCUGCGCCUUUGCUCCUGCAGACGUUACGUCCGAGACAGACGUGCUUUUGGCCGUGUCUCUGGCCCGGGAGAAGUUUGGGAAGUUGGACCUGGCAGUCAACUGUGCCGGCAUCGCUGUGGCUGUAAAAACGUACAACUUCAAGAAGAACACCCCUCACAGCCUGGAGGACUUCCAGCAAGUCAUCAACGUAAAUAUCGCAGGAACCUUCAACGUGAUCCGCCUCGCCGUGGGGGAGAUGGGGAAGAACGAGCCGGACGCAGACGGACACCGAGGCUGCAUCAUCAACACCGCCAGCGUGGCAGCGUUUGACGGACAGGUCGGACAAGCGGCGUAUUCUGCUUCUAAAGGCGGCAUCGUUGGAAUGACGCUCCCAAUCGCUCGAGAUCUGGCGCCAAUGGGCAUCAGAGUCGUCACAAUCGCUCCUGGAUUGUUCGCCACUCCUCUCCUCGCCAGCCUUCCAGAGAAGGUGCGCGCCUUCCUCUCCCGCCAGGUGCCCUUUCCUUCACGCCUAGGAGACCCCGCAGAGUUUGCCCACUUGGUGACCUCAGUGGUGGAAAACCCGAUGAUCAACGGGGAGGUGAUCAGGCUGGACGGAGCGAUCCGCAUGCAGCCCUGAUCACCUUGUAUGGGUGUGAAACUGGGAACAGCUGCCUUAGUAUUUUACUUUGUAGAAAACGGUGAUUAUAAACUCUCACUUGAAUCUGUGAAUCUUUGUAUUAAAUUUUUGUGGGUCUCAAAGUGUUAGAGUGUACUUCUUUUUGAACAUUACAGAAAUAAACAUCAAAGAAUUUAUCAUCUCAAAA